AUGAAGUGGUCACACAUUGACGGGGGUGGGAGGAUCUUUGAAGAUGACGAUGUACUUUGUACGAGAGUAGAUCAUUUCAAGACAAUGAACAAACAGGUGCAAUUUCUUUUGCUUUGUCGCUCCGGACAGCGAGUCGGUAAUGCACCUCGUAUGCAAGGGUGCAGAUUCUUUCACCUCGCCUUACUCCGGACAGCGAGUUGGCAUCACAUUUUCAGACUGAUUGCGUUGUUUGCCUUACUUCACUGUGCUCCGGGCAGCAAGUUGGCAGUGCACUCCAGACGGCAAGGAAGACGGUGUCCUUCCGUGGUGAAUUAUGGUCCUACUUCCACUUCAUCUCAAGUUCCUCUCGGCUCGGGAAGUGGGGGACUCAUGCUAGAUACCCUGGAUAGGGGGUAUUCGGUCUUUGUAUAAUAUUGUCGGGGCGAUCUAGUGUGUUGGACAAGCCCGUUUACCGUGUAUUAAUUACUUUUUAGAGGCGGCCCAGUCUGUUGGGCCGGCCCAUUGGUUUGUAUAUAUGCUCAAACCCUAACCCUAACUCUCCCUCUUCCCUCUACUAGGAAGAGGGGUGGAAGGAAGGAGGCUCAAUACACAAUACAACACUAUUCAUCUUCUUCUUCAUUCAAUCUUCACACUCUUCCCCCUUCUUCCUCUACACUUAGAUUCCAUAAUCCAAUUUUUUGAUACUUGAUCAGGAAACUCGAGAAGCAAUAUUAGGAGUGGAGGCUGAGCUGGCCAGGGAGAAGACGGUAGAAGUUCAAAAAUUGAACUAUCAGCUCAUGAGGAGGAAACCGAAGAGCCCAUGGACGACACGUGCACCCCAACCUCGGCGCCGGGACAGGUCACAGAAAAUACGUGGUUGGUCGCGUGCGGUCAGCGUACGGUAUACCCCUCCCCCACGAAGCAAAGGGCCUCGUCAAAGUCAAUAUUUAAGAGUAGGCAACCCGUAUCUGUUAUUGUACCCGUUUCUAGCGCGGUGAUGGGUAGGGAUUUGCGAGUCUUUCUUUUAGCGGCCUUCAAUUUUUUGCCCCUUGAAGGCGGCGCCCGGGACGAGGAUGCCACGGUGAUCGUCGUACGGAGAGGCACUGCGUCCAAAAUUAGAGAGCGGCCGAAUCCUCCCACUGGAUCGUCGGGACGGAGGGAGGGAUUCUGCCGGUACAUCUCCUCAAAAUUCCUCCGCUGGGUAAACAACGGGGAUAGUGGGAGUAGACUCAGAAAAGGCCAUGAAGAUGGGAAAGGAUGAACUAACCUUCUGAGUAAAUUGCAACGGCAAACAGCGGUUGAACGAGAGUGGCGGUAGAAAACGACGGCGAAGAAGAAGUCAAGAUGAUAAGAAUGAUGAAGUUAAAAGAGGCAGCAAAGACUUAAAUAUUGUCUAAGAAGUGGCACUUGUGUUGCAAGAAUAGGAAUUCAAGCCAAAAGAGUUUGGUAAGUUCUCGUUAGAAGCAAUGAUGCUUCACCAAGAACUCGUGAUUGAGUCAUUCACACUACAUUUCUCUUGUACAAACUGGAGCGACAUGAGGCUGAAGUCAAAGAGGUCUCUACUCUUCGCGCUCAAUUGUGAAGUGAAAGCAUUAAAUAUUGCAAAAAAUU